AUGGCAACGACAACUACGACGAUACAGCGCAACCCCAAAGACUCCCUCAAGUCGACAUGGCGACUGGAUCCCAACAAGGAUGGGUGGACCAUGGCUCACCACUUCUUUGGCAUCUUUGACUUGCACCAGUCGUAUCUCGACGUUCCCGUCCCCGUUCACCAAAAGAGCGAGCCUGUUCCGUACAUGCCAAACUGGCAGAUGAACGUCUUCAUCAUUGUCUGGGGCGCACUACCGAUCCUCGGUCAUCACAUCUUUCACACCCUCACCGGACGCAACAUGCACAUUGCCGUUGCCUACCUGUACUAUGGCUUCGCCCUGUCCACGUUUGCCGUUCACGAGCUCCGCAUGCUGCGACGUCUUGGCCAUCGCCACGGCUACCUCGACGGGGACAAGCACGCCCGCGACGGCGUGCCCGACGCCACGGUCAGAAAGGUGGCCGACUCGCUGCUCGCUGCCAUUACGUUUCGCCCAGCGAUCCUGAUCCUGCUCGCCUACCGCACCGGCCUCAACCCGGAGUCGCUGAACCUGUACCUGCUGCCGCUCCAGGCCGCGCUGUACCCGAUCGUGACCGACUUUUGGUUCUACUGGUACCACCGCCUGAUGCACGAGGUUCCGUUUCUGUGGAAGUUUCACCGCACCCACCACCUCACCAAGCACCCCAAUGCGCUCCUGACAAUCUUUGCCGACACUGAGCAGGAGAUUUUUGACAUUGCCGUCAUUCCGUUUCUGGCAUUCUACUCGAUGAAGUUUAUCGGGCUGGAGCUCAACUUUUACGCCUUUUGGAUGUGCCACAUGUACGUGUGGUUCACGGAGCUUCUGGGCCACUCUGGCCUGCGCGUCCAUCUCCACGCGGCUUCGCUCAUUGAUGGCAUUUUGGGCUACUUUGGGGUCGAGCUGGCGCUGGAGGACCACGACCUGCACCAUCGGACGGGCUGGAAGAGCAGCCACAACUAUGGCAAGCAGAGUCGCGUGUGGGACACGGUGUUUGGAACAUGCGCCGAUCGCAUCGAGUGCAAGGAGAAUAAUGUAAACUAUGAUGACAUUGCUUCGUUUCCGCUGUUGUAG